GAGUUCGACAGUGACCAGUAUUACUGUGGCGCACAGACAGUAAACUCAACCAGACUUCGUACGGAUCCACAUGUGCAGCUUGUUUUGGGGAGAGCGAAACAGGUUAGUUUUGGUUACAGACAAAGAGAUGUUGACCCAAUAUGGAAACAUGGAGCCAAGAGUCUGGCAGUCGCUAAGCCCAUUCACUAUCGGUGUGUGGCCUGGACAACCAAUCCUUCUGAUCGGACGGUCCCAAAUUUCGAGGUCCUAUUGUCCCCCAGUGAACGUGCUGACCCGAGUUUGAAUCUUACUGAGAUCAACAGUCCAAAGGGGGUGGUUCUUCGAACUAUUGAUCAACAUCGUCCUGUUGUCAAAGCCGGCCCACUGGAACACUUCAGCUAUCGAUUCAUGAAUGGUUCGGUUAUACAGAACGUCACAAUCAGUGAUCUAAAGGCAGAAUGCAUACCACCGGUUGUG